CGUAAUACUUUUUCAUCUAAAAAUGAUAUUUAUGGAGUUUUACUAUUUAUAGCACCUGAAGUUUUAAGUGGUCAACCUUAUACUUUAGCUAGUAAUAUUUAUAGCUUUUCUAUGAUUAUAUGGGAAUUUAUAUCUGGAGUUUCUCCAUUUGAUAAUGAAGCUCAUGAUUUUCAACUUAGUUUAAAUAUAUGUAAAGGUAAACGUCUUAAAGAUAUUAAAAAUAUUACACAAUGUUAUAUGGAUUUAAUGAAAAAAU